AUGGCUUUCAGCAUUCCACCACUUCCGUGGGGGUACGAUGGAUUAGCCGCAAAGGGUAUAUCGAAGGAACAGGUGACGUUUCACUACGACAAGCAUCACAUGGGUUAUGUGACGAAAUUGAAUGCGGCCGCGAAAUCUAAUCCAGCGCUUGCUGCGAAGAGCGUUGAGGAAAUCAUCCGAACAGAAAAAGGCCCCAUCUUCAACCUUGCGGCGCAGAUAUUUAACCAUAACUUCUACUGGGAGAGCAUGUCUCCCAACGGCGGUGGGGAACCAAGUGGUAAACUCGCAGAGGCCAUCAGGGCAUCAUUCGGCAGCUUCGCAAAAUUCAAGGAGGAGUUCACUAAUGCGGCGGUGGGCCACUUCGGCUCUGGUUGGGCGUGGCUUGUGCAGGACACCACCACAAAAAAACUGAAAGUAUUUCAAACGCAUGACGCCGGUUGCCCACUGACUGAAGCGGAUCUCAAGCCGAUUCUCGCCUGCGAUGUUUGGGAGCAUGCUUACUAUAUUGAUUACAAGAAUGACCGUCCGGCUUACGUGCAAACAUUUUGGAACGUGGUAAACUGGGAUCAUGCGGAAAAUCAAUUUACAAGGAAACGUAACCCUGGGGCACCGCAUAGUGACUUGUAA